AUGUCAAAUUUUGAAUGAACAAUCUUCGUUCGGCUCCGUUCACAGUGCCUGUUUUCGUAAAUUGUUAAUUUUUUUUAUUUGAAAUCCAUUUUCUGAUAAUAAAAACAUGUCUUUUAGUGUAACAAUUAUAUUGUUGUGUAUUACAAGUUCUCUCUGUACACAUAAUGACGAAAUCAAAUCUGAGGAAGACAUUGGAGUAAAGUACGCAAAUAGAUGCGAAGUCUGCAAAAUCCUGGCGACUGAACUACAGGGCAGGCUCGAAGAAACCGGCAAAGUGCACGAUGUAAUUGAAAUAGGAUAUUCACUUGAUGAUAUCCGACCUAAAAAGAAGACUAAGUAUCAGAAAUCCGAAUUAAGACUCAUCGAAUCGCUAGAUGGUGUAUGUGACAAAAUAUUGCAAUACAACAUUCACAAAGAAAGACAAGAUAGCACAAGAUUCUCCAAAGGAAUGAGUCAGACUUUUAAAACUUUGCAUGGAUUAGUAGAUAAAGGAGUGAAGGUGGAUCUGGGUAUUCCUUAUGAACUGUGGGACAAGCCUUCAGCAGAAAUAACUCACAUGAAGACACAAUGUGAAAGCUUACUGGAAGAAAAUGAGGAGGCAGUGGAGAACUGGUAUUGGAACCACCAGGGUGAAGUGGACUUGAAGGACCACCUUUGUACAAAACAUGCUUUACAGGGCACAGAUGAUUCAUGUUUGUAUGAAGAACUGAAUUCUAAAGGCGAGAAUGGCCAGUCUGAGAAAACUGAGCUCUGACAUGAAUAUUAGAUAAGGAUUAAGUAGCAUAUUUUUUGUAUGAAUAAAUUAAGAUAAGUAAGUGGUUGAAAAAUUGAUAAGACUAAGUAAAAGCAAUGCUUGUAUCUAUCUCUGCUUGACUAGUCAACAUAAGUGUUUAAGCUUAUGAGUAGGGCAUUGAAAGUACAAUAAUACUGUCAAAUUUCAACACAUUAAAAUCCACAUGGGGUCCUUUUUAAAUGUAAUAUGCCAAAAUUAGUCAUAUAUGGCAAUCCUUGUGAACAAAUGUAUACUAUGAAUAAAUAACACUGUAUUAUAUGAUCAAGUAAGAUAAACAAUAUAGAGACAAAAUAAUAA